AUGGAAGAACAACAAAGAAAUGAUGACAUUCCAAUGAUUGACGGGGCAGAAGCUUCUUCUGGCAGUUCUUCCGCAGCAAAUAAUACUUUGUCUUCUUCCUCUUCUUCUGCUCAACGCUUUUCUAUUGUGGAUGUACUUGGAAAUGAUGAUUCAAUGAAUAGUAGCGGGGGAGGGCUUUCUAGUGAUGGAAAAGAGGGAACAAGUAAUUCUGCUAUAGCUACUAUUGUUCCUGUGCCUCCGGAUCCGAUGCAUUCGGCAAUGUAUGACUACGACGAGGGCGCAGUUCUACAACGCUUGCAGCUUCUCUAUCCCUAUACUGAUAUUCAAAAAUUGCCUCGAAUUUGGAGUAAAACAGAUCGUUGGUCACUCCCCCAGCAAAAUAAUAGUGUUAGCCAGCAAUUGCCAAUAUUGGAACUUUCUGCCGAUUUCUUGCGUGUUACUAAACGCAAAGGAACUAAUCAAAACAGUAAAGACGCUGCUGCCGUUCGUGCAAAUAGACCAAUUCCACGUUCUUGUAUUGUUUAUUAUUUUGAAAUUACUGUUGUUAGUAAAGGACAAGAUGGGUUAGUUUUAAAUUAUAUUAGGUAA